AUGGCUUCUAGACCUCCUCUAUCGCCCCCGGUAAAUGAGACGGAGCACUCCGUCAGCCGGAUCACUCGUGAGGGGAAGAAGCUUACAUACAAGCUUACUGUGAUGCAACAACCCGAGCGGGCAAGAGCAUGCGGUGCAGGCGCCAAAUCUUCCGCCGACCGUCGUCCGGUUGAUCCUCCGCCUGUGGUUGAGUUGCGGAUUUUCGAAUCGGAUCCCAGCGACGACACGCUUUGUACGGACAUCACCUUCGCUUAUAACGCCAACUUCUUCCUCUACGCCACUUUAGACAACGCACGUCCAAUGGCACAGGGUAGACUUGCUCCAGCUCCAACAUUCCCCGUCCUCACAGGCGUGCCCGUGGCAGGAGUGGCAUAUCUUGAUCGCCCUUUUCCGGCGGGAUUCUUCAUCUUCCCGGAUUUAUCGGUGCGUCACGAAGGACUUUACCGGCUGAGCUUCCAUCUUUACGAGGAGACCAAGGAAAGCAAGGAUGCGGACGAGGGAGCGCCGAUCCCGUCACCAAUGCUGAAGACGAACCCAUUAAAGCCGAUGACACCAAAGUCGUUCCUCGAAUUUCGCCUCGAGGUUGUGUCAGUCCCAUUCACAGUCUUCAGCGCGAAGAAGUUCCCGGGUCUAACACAAAGCACACAUCUGAGUCGGAUCAUCGCGGAGCAGGGCUGCCGUGUCCGUAUUCGGCGCGAUGUCCGUAUGAGACGUCGCGGAGACAAGGGAUCUGAUGACUACGAUUAUGACGAGGAUAGGAUGAUGAGCAGCCGGCGUGAUCGCUAUUCUACCCCCGACACUUAUCCGACUCCAGCCGAGCGCCCACGGUCGACAAGCAUUGGCACCGUUGAUCAAGGCUAUGGGCCUGAGGCCUCGCGCCGUCCUUCUGCGGCCGAAUAUGGUUUCCAGAACCCGCGACUCUACCAGCAUCCUAUUGCUCAUGCUCCAGCUCCAACUACAGCAUCCACUCCCUCUCCCGUUACUCCAGCUGCAUUUGCAACGCAGAAUCCUACGUAUCAAUCGCACCUAUCAUUCGGGUCGACGCAAGCUCAGUAUUCCGCACCUCAGAUACCAAGAAAUCCGCCGUCCGGGUCAGUGCCAGCCACUGCCUACUCACCUCAUCCGACGCACUCGCAUUCUAGAAAUCCAUCGACCAGCACCGAGCAUGAGAAAGAUGCGCACCGGAUCUACUUACCACCUAUUCGGUUGGACCCAUUACAUCCAGCGCCGUCACCCACUGAAUCACGUUCUUCCGAUCCUCCCAUGUAUCCGGUAGUCGCUCAGCACACGACAGCUCACCCCUCACGCAGCGGCAACAUUCUUCCGCCGAUCAGUGCGAUCUCCGGCGAGAUCCCCAUCAAUAUGCCUCGGCCCCAGAACAACACUACUUCCAGUCCUGUUCAUGAAAUAGCCCAGAACAAAAGGCUAUUGUGGGACACCAACUCUGGACCGACAUUCUCCAAGCGAACGCACGAAGAAUCCUUCGGCCAUGCCGAGCGCCCACUGCACAACGGCAUGCGCCCUGAUCGAGAGCCCACUCCUCCAAUGGAGCGACGGCUUUCCGAUGCCCGACGGGAGGCAUCGUACAGCCUGUCCCGGGAUGAGUUGGCAUACAAGCGAGCCAACGGCAGGAUGGUCACUAAAAUCUCUCCGGCUAUGAUUCAUCAUGGACAGAGUUUAUAG